GGCGCGGCCAGAGCCCGAGCCCAGCUGAGGGCGGCGGAGCUCGGAGCCGCGGCCCGCACCCUGCGCCGCCGCCUGCUGGUCUGCUCCAGGUUCUCGGCCCCCGGUGUAAGGCUCCGGUCUAUAAAUAGCAGGUUACAGCUCCUUCUCCGCGCGCACAAGCUCAGGCGCGAACCCAGGAAAGUCAGCCCAAAAGUGUCUGCCGCCGCCGCCGCCCCCCGCUCAGCCUCCGGGAGAGAACCCAAAGAAAUGGUAUUACGUGGCAAGAGAUCUGCUGUCUUUUAUGAAAAGUCUGACCAAGGUCUUUAUUCAGCUGGCACUUUUCAAGAGAAAAUACUGUAAGGCUUCUUUCAGUAAGAGUCCUGAAACCAGGAAAAUAAUCAUCAAAGAGAAGAAGUGUUGAGGCAUACAACUUAAACCAGAAUUUCAACGUGAGAAAUCAGAUCGUUAGUGAGAAGAUACACCUAUAUUAAAUCAGAAAUCAGUGGCAGGUGACAUUGGGAUAAGAAUACUUAGAAAAUUAAACACCCGUGAAGGUUAACAAUGGAAAUCAAAGAGGAAGGAACAUCAGAGGAAGGCCAACAAUUUCUUCCUACAGCCCAGGCCAACGAUACUGGUGACACUCAGUUCACAAGUAUUCAGAAGAGUCCAAAUGAACCACAGUUGGAAUUCAUCCUUGCAUGCAAGGAUCUUGUGGCUCCUGUUUGUGAUCGGAAACUGAAUACCCUGGUGCAGAUCUCAGUAAUCCAUCCCACAGAGCAGAGCCUGACAAGAUAUUCCAGCACUGAAAUUGUAGAGGGAACAAGAGACCCGCUGUUCUUGACUGGUGUCAUAUUCCCAUCCGAAUACCCCAUCUAUGAGGAGACCAGCAUAAAACUAACUGUCUAUGAUGUCAAAGAUAAGUCUCACGACACGGUUCGAACGAGAGUCCUAUCUGAACAUAAUAAGGAUUCCCCACCAGAAGUUGGGCGAAGCUUCUUGGGGUAUGCAAGUUUUAAAGUAGGGGAACUACUGAAGUCCAAGGAGCAGCUGUUGUCCUUGAGUCUGAGAACUUCAGAUGGUGGCAAGGUGGUUGGCACCAUAGAAAUCACUGUCGUGAAGAUGGGGGAGAUUGAGGACGGGGAAGCCGGCCACAUCACGACAGAUGUGCAGGGACAAAAGUGUGCACUGGUAUAUGAAUGUACAGCCCCAGAAAGUGUGAGCGGAAAGGAUAACUUAUCUUUUUUGAAUGCAGUGUUAAAGAACCCAGUCUGUAAAUUAUAUAGAUUUCCCACUUCUGACAAUAAGUGGAUGCAAAUCCGGGAGCAGAUGUCAGAAAGCAUACUUUCUUUCCAUAUUCCUAAGGAAUUGAUUUCCCUUCAUAUAAAAGAAGAUUUGUGUAGAAACCAGGAAAUAAAAGAACUUGGUGAACUUUCUCCACACUGGGACAAUCUAAGGAAAAAUGUCCUCACUCACUGUGACCAGAUGGUGAAUAUGUACCAAGACAUUCUGACAGAACUUAGCAAGGAGACAGGGUCUUUCAAAUCAAGCAGCAGCAAAGGAGAUAAAACAUUAGAAUUUGUUCCAAUAAAUCUACACCUACAAAGAAUGCAUGUGCACAGCCCUCACUUGAAAGAUGCUCUGUAUGAUGUCAUCACUGUUGGAGCCCCAGCAGCCCAUUUUCAGGGAUUUAAGAAUGGUGGUCUUCGGAAACUGCUCCAUAGAUUCGAAACAGAGAGAAGAAAUACUGGAUAUCAGUUUAUUUACUAUUCACCUGAAAACACAGCAAAAGCAAAAGAAGUUCUCAGUAACAUCAAUCAACUACAACCUCUUAUAGCAACCCAUGCAGACCUACUGCUUAAUUCUGCAAGCCAACAUUCUCCAGACAGCUUGAAGAAUUCUUUAAAGAUGCUUUCAGAAAAGACAGAGCUUUUUGUGCAUGCCUUCAAAGAUCAGCUGGUCAGAAGUGCUCUUUUAGCUCUCUACACGGCCAGGCCAGGAGGCAUCCUUAAGAAACCACCCUCUCCCAAGAGCAGCGCAGAAGAGAGCCACCCCCAGGACCAACCCCCGCCCAUGAGAAGGCAGGACUCCAUACCACAUCAUUCAGACUAUGACGAGGAAGAGUGGGAUAGGGUGUGGGCCAAUGUGGGGAAGAGCCUGAACUGCAUUAUUGCUAUGGUAGAUCAACUGAUUGAGAGAGAUGGCAGCAGCGAAGGCAGCGGCAGUGGCGACAACGAUGGAGAGAAGGAUCCUUCGCUAGCAGACUCCAUUACAUCUCACCCAACGGAGGACUGGUAUGAACAACUGCAUCCCCUCAUCCUCACGCUGAAGGACUGCAUGGGAGAAGUGGUGAGCCGUGCCAAGCAGUCCCUGACAUUUGUGCUGCUGCAGGAGCUUGCCUACAGCUUGCCCCAGUGUCUGAUGCUGACUCUGAGGAGGGACAUCGUCUUCAGUCAAGCACUUGCUGGAUUGGUUUGUGGUUUUAUCAUCAAACUGCACACAAGUUUGCAUGACCCUGAAUUCCUACAGCAGCUGCAUACAGUGGGCUUGAUAGUGCAGUAUGAGGGACUGCUGAGCACGUACAGUGAUGAAAUCGGAAUGCUAGAGGACAUGGCUGUUGGCAUUUCUGAUUUGAAGAAAGUAGCAUUUAAAAUAAUUGAAGCCAAAUCCAAUGAUGUCUUGCCAGUUAUAACAGGAAGACGUGAACACUAUGUGGUAGAGGUCAAACUUCCAGCCAGAAUGUUUGAGUCUCUACCUCUUCAGAUCAAAGAAGGACAGUUGCUGUAUGUCUAUCCAGUGCUUUUUAAUGUUGGAAUUAAUGAACAGCAAACUCUUGCUGAGAGAUUUGGUGAUGUUUCUUUGCAAGAAAAUAUUAAUCAGGAAAAUUUUGAACUUCUUAAAGAAUAUUACAGGGUAUUUAUGGAAAAGAUGCCUCCUGAUUACAUUUCACGUUUUCAAGAACAAAAUGAUUUAAAAGGAUUACUAGAAAAUCUUCACCAAAAUAUCCAAGCCAAAAAAAGAAAGAACGUAGAAAUCAUGUGGCUGGCCGCAACGAUUUGUCGCAAACUAAAUGGUAUUCGUUUCACCUGCUGUAAAAGUGCCAAAGACAGGACGUCCAUGUCAGUGACGCUGGAGCAGUGCUCAAUCUUAAGGGACGAGCACCAGCUGCACAAGGACUUCUUCAUCCGAGCGCUGGACUGUAUGAGAAGAGAAGGAUGCCGCAUAGAGAAUGUACUGAAGAAUAUCAAAUGCAGAAAGUAUGCUUUCAACAUGCUACAGCUGAUGGCAUUCCCCAAGUACUACAGACCUCCAGAGGGCACUUAUGGAAAAGCUGACACCUAACUCUCCAACAUGUAAAUAAACAGGAACACAAAUAUGUUUCAUUUGGAGAACAUCCAUUUUGGUCUUUUUUUACUUUUUUCAUGGUUGCGAAUUUGGGCGGGGUGCUCAUGGUUGUUUAACCAAAUCUAGGAAUUACUUGAUAUUUUACAUCAGACUGCUCAUAAGGAAAUUCAUUUUUAAAAUCUUAUAAAAGAUUGUCAUUUCUAAUUCUAAGUUACUAUGUGCUGAUUCUCUGUGGUUUCAUUUUAGAAAGGGUCAGUCCCAUCCGUGAAAUAUUUAUAUGAAUGUCACACUAAGAAAACAUGAUCAGAGAUGAGGCCUUCCCUACAAAAUGAAGGGAAGAGAGUUCACCAAAUCACAGCCUUGAUCACAGACAAUCUUAGAGCCUAUUUGUGGGAUUUGUGAAAUAUUUAUUUAACAAAUUGAAACCAGGUAAAGUUAACUGAUGACACUGACUUCUGAAGCAGGGUGCAGGGAUGCUUGGAAAGACCUUUGUUGUUCUGUCCAGAUGUGACUCCACCUCUAAAUAUAUUUCAAAACCAUGAUAUCUUUUCAAAACUCUGCCUGGGAUUGUGUGACCCAGCUGUGCAAGUGGCAGAACAGAAAGUUCAAUGUACAAAAAGUACAAUGCACAAAACACUGUGAGGAACUGAAUUUACGAGGCCAUGGAAGGAGGACAGUCUGUAGUUGCCCCAAAUGAGAUCUCCAUCACUUGAACUUUAUGCAGUGAAGUUCGUGAAAGUAGGAUGUUUUAAGAUGUUUUCUAGCAGUCCCCUUUGCGUAAGUAUGCAGUCUAGCAUAGGUUGGUAUGCACAAAUAAAUCUUUAAGAUAUAUGCAACCAUAUCUAUUGAUGACACAAUAAUUUCUGUUUGCCUGAAUUUUUAAUUUGUCCUUUCUCAGAAAAAUCAUAUCAUUUAUAAGUUUUCUAAAAUUAUGAAUCAGUAGUUUCCUUAGAGAUCAUCUUGAUUAAUAUUAUUCCAAAAAUGGGUAAAUUUAGGCUGAUCACCUGGUUAGAAAGUGCAGAAUGAUUAAAAUCUCUUCUCACUCUACUUACUGUAGUAAGAAGGCUUGCCCAUCUCCAAAUUGUUAUGUUGAAUAUGUAUGAAAAUUAAGGGAGAAAACUAGUAAGUUUAAAAAGAAAUUAGGAUUUUUUUCACUGAAAUUGAAGUUCAGAGUAUGAGUCUGAACAAAUGAGACCUAUUUUUCCCAAAUGUUAAGAACUUAUUCUUUCUCCUUUUUCUUCGGGGGCCUGUGCUAUCUAGAGCAUAACUUCUUUGGAAGUUCUGGAUGCUACAACCAAGAGAUAUUGGUGGUAUUAGGAGACUUUCCAUAGCAAAUGUGAUAGUUCCUUGCCUAAAAUGCCUGUUGUAAUAAGGAUUUCAAAGAGAUCUCUAGCACCAUGUUGACCUUUUCAAAUUUGAUGCUACAAAUUUAAGAUAACCUUUUGUGGACUCUUGCACUAGAAUUAUCAAUCGAUUAUUUCAGCUAAUGACAUAUGUGUAUUAUUGAAGCAGUUGCCAAACUCUUUACAGCCUUUUUAAUAAAAACAGGCUGUACAUUUGGGAUCUAUUUAUGGAAAAAUUAUCUUGGUAUUCUAAGCUCUACCUCAUUCUUCAUUUCAGUGAUUAAAUAUAAUCUUUGAAUUGUUUGAUUUUAUUUUAAAAUGGUAGGGUUUGUGGUUAUAUUAAUUAUCUCUUUUGAUUUAAGAUAAAGAGUUUGGGAUGACAGAGGUCUCCUUGAAAAGUUAUGAGGCUUCUUGUAAUAUAUCGAAUAGAAUCCUCAGUUGCAAGAGAUCAAUCUCAAGUGAUUUAUCACCAUAUAAGUAUUUUAUCAACAGCUAUUUUGUUUAUAUUUUUAAAAGCAAAACUUCAACUCAAAUUUAGAAAAAAUAAUUAUUAGCUAGAAAAUAAACAACAGUAGGGUUUUUAGAAGACAUUUUAGAAGACAUUUCAUAGAUUCUUGACUUUUUUUUUUCAAAUAAAUACUAAGAAGUCUCAAAGGGUGAAGCUUACUGCGUAUAAAUGCAUGUGAAUUUUCAUUCAUUAUUAGCAUAAUCACCAGCAUUUCCUUAUAACAAGUCUAUAUUGUUUAUACUUCUAAGAGUAGAUUUCACCAAGAAAAUUCACGUUUCAUACACAACAUUUUUGUUCUUUUCCUGAGAUACACUUCAAAUAUCCUUGGACAGCCACUUCACUAUUUCUGAUUAUAAAGGUUUCUGAAUCAAAUGUUGAACAAAUUUUAUAGUCUCUCUUGUGUAAAUACAGCCACAGUCAUGCUUUUCUGUCUACAUUUUCAUUUUUAAAAUAUGUAAGCAUAUUUGCAGAGAUCAUUUUGAGCCAAAAAAUGAACCAAGAAAAUGAUAGUUCCAAACAGUAUAGUUUAUUUCACUUCAUUUUUCCCCUCAAAUAUGUCUUUUCCUUCUACCAGCACCAAGUGCAGGUAGCAAUUCUGCAUUUACACCACCUGGGUGGUGGUAGUGGGGUAAUUAAAGACAUUGAAAGGCGUCACCCUGAUUAUGAUUGACCCAAUGACAAAAGGUUCGUGCCUGGGAAACAUUCCCCCAAACAGUUACCAAUAUAAUUUUGAAAAACUUGAUUGAAGCAGACUCAUACUUAUGUGCCAUGUUUUGUUUAUUUCUCAUGAGGUGAGUUCUUUUUUCUUAUAAAUAUAACCUCCAGUUUUAUCUACAUGCUGCCCAACUUUUUGCUGCAGAUUGUUUGGUCAGUUCCAUAAUCCAGUAUAUCACAGAAACCAUUUGAUCCAGGUGAUUAAAGAUAUUUUAAUAUCCACCACCCCAUUUAGGCCAGUAGUCCAUGUCAUUAAUUGCCAAUUAUUUAUUUGUAAGACUAAAACCUCUUCUGAAAAACUAUGAACACUUAAAAGCUACUACUGGGUAGAGAACACUUCCCUGUUUACCCCCUAAGUAAAAUAAGACAGGUGGAAAAGGAAAAACGAAAAGAAAAGAGGAUAUUUGUGCAGAGUUAUGCUUUUCUUCCCAAGCAAACCAAAUCAUCCCUAUGUAAAGGCUGAUGCUGCGUAAAGAGGGAUGAUUGCAAUGGUAUGGUGGAACUUGUCUUGCUGACUCAUGAAAGCUGAUCUUUAAAUUUUCAAGAGCUUUGUUAGCUGCUUGUUAUACACUAACAUGAUCAAAUAUUAAAUUAUGAAAUACAGUAAGAUGGAUUUUAUGAAAAGUAAAGGUGAUGAGCAAAGAUUACCACUUUCUAGUCAUUUUACUAAAUUUUAGUGUUUACUCAUGUCCUGCAGUGUAGUUGUGUCUUUUAUAUUUUACCAUAUAUCAUUGAUGCUACAGUGCUACCAUGAAGAUCUUCUUCCUAUUUCCACAUUCAGGAAUAUCACAUCAUAGCUUGAAAUCUGCAUCUGUGGGAAAUGCAAAUGCUGCAAAUUACCACGUGUAAUUCCUGAAAAUCCAGUUGUUAACAUUUACCACCAUAGAGCUGAAUUCCACCAUCACAUUUUCUCCCCAAAAUAACAAAUCAUUGGAAGCAGGAUUAUUAAAAUUAUUUUCAAAAUAAUCAGUCAUUUUCAAAUGGCUAUCGGUUUUGUUUGUGUGUUUACCCUCUCAUGGACUCCUAGCAGGCAGCAGGCAUAUUAAAUGUUUGACAUUGUAUUCAUAAUUAAAUUAUUAUAUUAUGGAGAUUAAUUUAAAAACCUGUCUCUAAGUGACAUGUUGCAAGAAGAAUCUUAGCAAUGCAGUCUUAGUAUAAGCAAUAACACAAGACUAAAUUCAGGGAAAUGUUAACCUAAUCAAUGUAUGACUGAAAAUGUGCUUUAGCAUCAAUUUUGAAGCUUAUAAUUUUGGCAUUUUCUAAAUGUAGGAAGAAUAGUAACAUAUUACUAUGCUCAGAUUCUAAUAAAUAUAGCUCAAUUGAAAAACACCACAGAUGUUGUUCAUGUUUGAUUUCCAAGCAGUAUGGUGUAUCAUUUUACUUUAAUGUACAGGACACAUUUGUAAUCUUUUAGGAAAUAGAUUAACUUUCACCACAGAUCAAAGAAUUUGGUUGGAGAGAAGUUGUGAUCAGCAUUUAUGGAAGGAAGCAAACAUACUGAGCACAAAACAUGGCUAAAAGUUGGAAGCUUUACAAAUUAUGCAUUACUGAAAAGAAUAAUUUGCUAAGAAUUUGUGUAGCUGAUUUGACAAUUUUAGCAUAAAUUCACAUUCAUAUCUCCCAGCUGCAAUCUGCAUAAGCUGCUACACUUUUACCAUCAUAUUUAUGUUUUGUAGUUUUGUAAGUUCUCGAUGUAUUGCAUCUUUUGUUUCCCUGACAGUUUGAAGUUAGAACUUUAUACUCACACAUAUGCCGUUUAUAGCAAAACUUCCUUUAAAAAUAGGAGAAUAAAUAAUGUUUUAGAUAAAAUAUUACAGGCCAAAUAGGUAAAGAUUUGAAGAAUAGAAAUUUGCAUUUUUUAUUUCCCCUGGUACACACAUUUAUUGUUCUUUGAAAUUUAUUUUUAAGCAAAUAAGACAGCCUAAAACAUUUCUGAUUUAUAAGAAAAUAUCAUGUCUCACCAUUAGUAACAAAAAGAAAGGAAAAAUUUAUAAGAUAAUAUUAACACAAGGGCCAGGGAUUUAGCUCAGUGGUUCCGCCCCCUGCCUCACAAGCAUAAGGUCCUGAGUUCAAUCCCUGGUAACAACAACAAAAAAAGAGAUAAUAUUAACACAAUAAGGUACAUGCAAUUAGGCUUGCUGAGCUUAAGUUGUUCAAGCAUACUUAGAAUUUUAAAUUAUAAAACGAAAACAAGCUUACAAUUGAGGUACCCCAAGAGCAUGAAUAUCAGGGAAAAGAAGAAAUGAUCUUGCCUGAUAAACCUUAUAUAAUAGUAUAUAUACAAGUAAAAUAUAUCUUUUUUGGGGAGUAUUGGGGAUUGAACUCAGGAUCUUCUGCUUCCGAGGCAGGCGGCAGCACCACUGAGCUAAAUCCCCUGACCCUAAAAUAUAUCUUUUUAAUAAAUACAACUACUUAGAAAGAAGGGCUUGCCCCUUCACACUCAUAGUAUGAAUGUUUUUACAAUAUUCCUAAAAUCAUCUAAAUUAUUUCCAGGUCAUAAAAGGGCAUGAUCUGGGCCGGGGAUUUAGCUCAGUGUUUCUGUCGCCUGCCUCGCAAGUGCAAGGUCCUGAGUUCGAUCGCUGGUACCAAAAGCAAAAAAAAGGGCAUGAUCCAACAACCCAUCUUUAAUGAUCAUUAUUUAUAUAAUUCUUGAGAUGCUUUUAUAUCACUCUCAACAUUAGGAAAUAUCUCAUAUUAAAAUAUUUCAUAUUUCCAAAAGACAGAGUACAUGUGCCUAUAGCUGUGUGGACACUCAUUUCACUGCACACAUACAAACCUUUGUACAAAUAGCUUCUUAUAUAACAAUUUUAUUAUUUCAUUUAACUAACAUUGAAUUUUCAGAUUUUUGUGGUACUCAUCCAAAAGGUUGACUUUUGUUUUCUUUUUAUGCUAUGUAUAUUCUGGAAUAACCAAUAAUGUGUACUUCCAGGAAAUGGGCCACAGAUAGAUUAGAUCAUUGGCACUUGAAGAAAUAUCAUUUUUGUUUUAUUGUUCUGUGUAAACCAUAUCCAUUGUACACUGUGUGUAUAUUUUUCUUUAAAUAAAUAUGAUUUUAUUUUUUA